AUGGAGUCGGCGCUGGGUGCGGGCAUAGCAGUGGCCGAGGCGCUGCAGAACCAGAUGCCGGGGCUGGAGAACGUGUGGCUCUGGGUCACCUUUCUGGGCGAUCCCAAGUGUCUCUUCAUGUUCUACUUUCCCGCCGCCUACUACACCUCUCGCCGCGUUGGCAUCGCGGUGCUCUGGAUCAGCCUCAUCACUGAAUGGCUCAACUUGGUCUUCAAGUGGCUUCUCUUUGGAGACAGACCCUUCUGGUGGGUCCAUGAAUCUGGAUACUACAGCCAGGCCCCAGCCCAGGUUCACCAGUUCCCCUCUUCCUGUGAAACUGGUCCGGGAAGCCCUUCUGGACACUGUAUGAUCACAGGAGCAGCCCUGUGGCCCAUAAUGACAACCAUCUCUUCCCAAUUGGCCACUCGGACCCGCAGCCACUGGGUACGAAUGAUGCCGGGCCUGGCUUAUUGUACCUUUCUCCUGGCCGUCGGUCUGUCCCGGGUCUUCAUCUUAGCUCAUUUCCCUCACCAGGUGUUGGCUGGCUUAAUAGCUGGUGCUGUUCUGGGCUGGCUGAUGACCCCCCGGGUGCCCAUGGAGCGGGAACUAAGUUUUUAUGGUUUGACUGCAUUAGUCCUCAUGCUGGGCGCCAGCCUCAUCUACUGGACUCUCUUUACACUGGGCCUGGACCUUUCUUGGUCCAUCAACCUAGCUUCCAAGUGGUGUGAGCGACCUGAGUGGGUGCAUGUGGACAGCCGACCCUUUGCCUCCUUGAGCCGUGAUUCAGGUGCCACCCUGGGUCUGGGCAUCGCCCUACAUUCUCCCUGCUAUGCUCAGGUACGGCGGGCACACCUGGGAAAUGGCCAGAAGAUCGCCUGCUUUGUGCUGGCCAUGAUGCUGCUAGGCCCCUUGGACUGGCUGGGCUAUCCUCCUCAAGUCAGCCUCUUCUACAUUUUCAAUUUCCUGAAAUUCACUCUCUGGCCCUGCCUGGUCCUGGCCCUUGUGCCCUGGGUGGUACACAUGUUUAGUGCCCAAGAAGCUCCACCCAUCCACUCCUCCUGA